UUGACAUUUUUAUUUUUCUUUCAACAUGGGGAAGCAUAUCCCAAUUUACAUCUUACUGGGCUUGAUUCCUGCUGUUGUAAUUUCAGAUAUUUUGAUAUACCCACUCAGAAACAUUAAGAAAAGAAGUGCCACUGAUGUGCACACCAAAGGCAUAGAAAUCUACUGGAUGAAAAUUGACUGCAGUGUUACUUCCAGGUUUUCCCGUAAUGUUAUCACUAGUCGAGCUGUGAAUCGUGCCAAUGUAUCCAAGGAAGCUUUCUUUGAUAUGGAGCUUCCUAAAACAGGCUUUAUUACCAACUUUACCAUGACAAUUGAUGGUGUCAUUUAUCCUGGAAUCAUAAAGGAAAAAGAAGUUGCCCAAAAGCAGUAUCAACAAGCAGUUUCAAGGGGCCAGACUGCAGGGCUUGUGAAGGCUGCUGGAAGAAAAACAGAAAAAUUCAGUGUUUCAGUCAACAUUGCACCAACCAGCAAAGUUACUUUUCAGUUGACCUAUGAGGAACUGUUGAAGCGAAACUUUGGAAAAUAUGAGAUGUUCAUAAAAGUAAACCCAAAGCAGCUUGUCAAUUCAUUUGAGAUUGAAGCAGACAUCUUUGAGCCUCAAGGUAUCAGUGAACUCGAAGUUGAAGGGACAUUCAUCAACAAUGACCUGUUACCAGUCCUAAAAAAGUCUUUUUCAGGAAAAAAGGGCCAUGUGUCAUUCAGUCCCACUAUCGAACAACAACGAACCUGUGACAAUUGUACAACCACUCUGCUACAAGGAGAUUUUGUCAUUAAGUAUGAUGUGAACAGAGAUUCUCCUAAUAAUUUACAGAUUGUAAAUGGAUACUUUGUACACUUUUUUGCACCAAAAAACCUUCAACGUUUACCUAAAAAUGUUGCCUUUGUAAUAGAUGUCAGUGGUUCCAUGUAUGGACAGAAAAUUCGGCAGGCAAAGGAAGCCUUGACAAAAAUAGUUGAAGAUUUAAAAGAAGAAGAUCACUUCAAUAUCAUCCUGUUUGAAAGUUCAGUUUCAACAUGGAAAAAUAAGUUAAUUCAAGCUACUCCAGAGAAUGUGAACCAAUCAAAGGAAUUUAUUAGCCAAAUAAGAGAUUUGGGAGGAACAAAUCUUAAUGAUGGUUUACUGACUGGCAUUGAAAUGCUGAAUAAAGCUCAUGAAUCAAAAUCUGUCCCUGAAAGAAGUGCUUCUUUAGUUAUCAUGUUAACUGAUGGGCAGGCCAAUGAAGGUGUAUCAGAUCCCAGAAAGAUCCAAGAAAAUGCUAAGAAUGCAACUCAAGGAAAAUACCCUAUAUACAACCUUGGGUUUGGUUAUGGCGUUGAUUAUGCAUUUUUAGAGAGAUUAGCGACAGAAAACAAUGGUGUGGCUCGCCGCAUCUUUGAGGAUUCAGAUGCAGCCUUACAAUUACAGGGUUUUUAUGAUGAAGUCGCCAAUCCCUUGCUUACUGAAGUAGAGUUAGAAUAUGCAGAAAAUGCCAUCUCUGAUUUGACUCAAAAUAGUUUUAAACAUUUUUAUGAUGGCUCUGAAAUUGUUGUGGCUGGAAGAAUCACAGACAAUGACCUGAACAGUAUCACAGCAGAAGUAAAAGCUCAUGGGGCACUGGAGGAUCUGACUUAUACUGAACAAGCUGAUAUUGAGGAAACAGCCAAAGCUUUUGAACAGCAACUAUACAUAUUUGGAGAAUAUAUUGAGAGACUCUGGGCUUAUCUCACAAUUAAUGAACAACUAGAAGCACGUUCUGUAGCACAGGGAGAUGAAAAGGUAAAUCUUACUGCAAAAGCUCUGGAGAUGUCUCUGAAAUACAAAUUUGUGACUCCAUUAACAUCCAUGGUGGUCACAAAGCCAGAAGACAAUGAAGAAAAGGAAGCAAUUGCUGACAAACCUAUAGAAGCUGAAGCAAAGCAGCAGGUGUCUGCCUAUUAUCCUCCAUCUACCCCUUAUCAUUAUUCUAGUGUUGAUGGAGACCCACACUUUAUCAUAGCUGUGCCCCAGCAAGAAGAUGCCCUUUGUUUCAAUAUUAAUGAGGAGCCAGGGGUAGUAUUAAAUUUGAUAAACGAUCCAGUUACAGGUGUUACCGUCAAUGGGCAGCUUAUUGGAGAUAAAAAGAGCAUCAACGAUGUAAGACCACCGAAUACUUAUUUUGGAAAACUUGGGAUUAUAACUAUGAAUGUAACACUUGAAAUAACAACUCAGAAAAUCGUGCUUCAGAAUGAUACUGUAAUAAGAGUAUUCAGUUGGCUUGAUGACGUUACCUUACAAGAACCCAGUUUGACACUAAUAAUCAAACAAAAAAGGAGCAUGGAGGUUUCAGUUGGUAAUGGAGCAAAGUUUGUUGUUGUUCUACAUCAAGUGUGGAAGAAACAUCCACUACACCGAGAUUUCCUGGGAUUUUACAUGCUGGAUAGUCACAGAUUAUCUGAGGAAACCCAUGGCUUACUAGGGCAAUUUUUCCAUCCCAUUGGCUUUGAUAUACUUGAAGUCCACCCUGGAUCUGAUCCAGAAAAACCAGAUGCCACCAUGACUGUGAAAAAUAACCAGCUGACAGUAACCAGGGGAUGGCAGAAGGAUUACACAGCUGAUAUCCGACAUGGCACCAAUAUUCCUUGCUGGUUUAUUCACAACAACGGAAAAGGCCUUAUUGAUGGCAAUCACACAGACUAUAUUGUUCCCAGCAUAUUUUCAUAUAAAAAGAUUUAAGAGGUGUGAUGAUGAUGAUGAUCAAAAAAGUUCAUGCUAUGAUGACUGCUUGCAAUAACAUCCAAAUAAAUAUUUUUAACACUGUGGACUUAGUUGUGAAUCGGAAUAAUUGAAACUGAUAUUUUCAUAAUACAAUAUGUGUAUCUUCUGCUUAGAUUUCAUUUCAAUAAAUUGGAAAACUUUGUACUGA